AUGGAAUCGAAAAAGGUCGGGUUGGCUUGGGUUGAGUUGGAGAGAGGGUAUAAAAGAAAAGUCCUGACACUAUUAUUAACAUUUCAAAGUUUUGUACCGAUCAUGACGAUUGCUGAUUCGGGUGCCCUAAUGGAUAACGAAUCACUAUGCUUGCCGUGCACUCCAGAGGAAGAGCGAAGGAUUGUUAAGGAGUUAACAGAUAAGGCCGAGUCAUGUUUGAAAGAGGGCAACUUAUAUUAUGUCGUCUCCAACAGGUGGUUUACAAAAUGGCAAAAAUAUGUUGGUGAGGAAACUGGUGCAUAUCAGUUGGAAGAGCUUUCUAAUGAUAAACAGGCUUCAGCAUCUUCAAAAGUAGGCGAGAGACCAGGACCAAUUGAUAACACAGAUAUAAUUGCAAAUGAAGGUGGUCAUGAUGGCAAUGAUCUACAGCUUCCUAGAACAGUUGUUGAAGGAGAAGAUUAUGUUUUAGUUCCUCAAGGGGUUUGGGAUAAGCUUCAUGGAUGGUACAAAGGAGGACCAGCUUUACCAAGAAAGAUGAUAUCAGUAGGAACACGGGAGACUUAUGCAGUUGAGGUGUUCCCUCUGGCAUUAACAUUGAUUGAUUCAAGAGACAAGAGUGAAAUAAUCAUACACAUAACCAAAAAGGCCUCAUUACGAGAACUUCAUAAACAAGUAUCAGCACUUAAAGGGGUAGAGUCAGAAAAGAUACACAUGUGGGACUAUUUUAAUAAUGUCAAGCAAGCAGCUUUGGUGUGUUCGAAUCAAACCCUGGAGGAGGCUAACCUGCAGAUGGAUCAAUCUAUACUUUUAGAUGUGCAAGUUGAUGGAUUUAUACCAUCAGGCUGUGGCAUGGAUUCAACAGGAAACGAGUUAGCUUUGGUUCCCAUGGAGCCACAAAGGUCAACCCGCACAAUAGCAGGUGGCCCAAGUUUGUCAAAUGGUUAUGCAACAGAUUAUGGUUCUAGUUUGUAUCAAGGAGUCACUUUAAGCUCAAUCGAUAUGGAAGAUGUGCAUGAUUCUGUUAAAACUGGCCCAAAAAGAGAUAGAGGUUUAGCAGGAUUACAGAAUUUGGGAAACACUUGUUUCAUGAACAGUGCUCUUCAAUGUUUAGUCCAUACCCCGCCUCUUGUAGAUUACUUUUUGCAAGAUUACACCGAGGAAAUCAACAAGCAAAACCCUCUAGGAAUGCAUGGUGAACUUGCAGUUGCAUUUGGUGAAUUGUUGAGGAAACUUUGGUCAUCUGGUCAUACUGCAGUUCCUCCUCGUGCUUUCAAAGGAAAACUUGCACGUUUUGCUCCUCAGUUUAGUGGAUAUAAUCAACAUGAUUCACAAGAACUUCUUGCAUUCUUGUUGGAUGGAUUACAUGAAGAUCUGAAUCGUGUGAAACAGAAGCCUUAUUUUGAGACAAAAGACUCUGAUGGACGUGCUGAUGAGGAAGUUGCAAACGAGUUUUGGAGUUAUCAUAAAGCAAGAAAUGAUUCGAUUGUAGUGGAUGUCUGCCAGGGACAAUACAAAUCGACACUGGUUUGUCCAGUUUGUGACAAAAUCUCAAUCACAUUUGACCCUUUCAUCCUACCAAUGCCUUUCACUGUAACUGUCUCUAAACAUGGCUGCUGCAAAGAUCUGUUCCAGGCUCUGUAUACUGCAUGCUGUUUAGAGAGUGAUGAAACCCUAAUUCUUGCAGAGGUUUAUGAUCAUGGUAUAUACAAGUUAUUGGAGAAUGGUGAUUCAUUGCAUACAAUUAAAGAUGAAGAGUUCAUUGUCGCCUACAGACUCCCUAAAAAACAAUCUGAAUUUCCCAAGUUAGAGAUUUGCCAUAGAUAUCUUGAGAACUCAAAGGCAGGUGAGAGGAAGAGGUUCUUGACACCAUUGAUUACCUACUUAGAAGGCGCGAAAACAGGUGCGGAUAUCGAGGUAGCAGUGAACAGAGUUCUUGCUCCAUUAAAAAGGAAAGCUUUUUCAUCGACAUCAUCAUCAUCAUCAUCAAGUGGUCAAAAAGUCAACGGAUCAGCUUCAGAACCCAUGGAAGAAUCCACCAGCGAUUCUCUCAUGGAGGAGAACCUUAAAGACUCUGAAGAAAUGUCUAAUGGGGAAUUAUCCUAUUUUUUAUGCAUAACAGAUGAAAGGGGUAUGAGUUGCAGACCCCUGUUGAAGAAUACAGUCAUAAAACCUAACAAAAUGGUUAAAGUUGCACUGGAUUGGACUGAAAAAGAACAUGAUUUAUACGAUGCAAAUUACCUCAAGGAUCUCCCCAUGGUGAAUAAGCCAGGUGUCAAUGUUAAAAAAACCAAACAAGAAUCCAUCUCUUUGUUUUCUUGUCUGGAUGCUUUCUUGAAGGAGGAGCCUCUAGGGCCUGAUGAUAUGUGGUAUUGCCCUGGUUGCAAGGAGCACAGACAAGCAACAAAGAAAUUGGAUUUAUGGAGGCUGCCUGAUAUCAUAGUGUUCCAUUUGAAAAGAUUUUCAUACAGCAGAUUCUUGAAGAACAAACUGGACACGUUUGUGAAUUUUCCAAUUCACAAUCUGGAUUUAAGCAAGUAUGUGAAAAGUGAAGAAACGUCUGCUUCUGGUGGGUCUAAUGUUUAUGAACUGUAUGCUAUCAGCAAUCAUUAUGGGGGACUUGGUGGUGGCCAUUACUCUGCAUAUGCUAAGUUGGUUGAGGAAGAUAGAUGGUAUCACUUUGAUGAUGCACAUGUGACAGCUGUAAGCGAAGUAUCUGUGGGAGAGUCAUCAUCCCAUUCCCAUUCCCAUGAGGAGGAUUUUUGA